CAGCAUCGAUAGCUACCCUAAUGCCCCUGGAUAUACGGGUAGUUCUGUGGCCACCUACUCGACCAUCGCUACAACAUGACUGGAGUAAGCGACUGUCUCGCCGCAUCGGUUUUCUGGGCAUUCAACCUCACCACGGACCUGUCGGUCUGGAAUCCCUCCAUCGUGAACACCACGGCGGAUAAUUGCACAUUUGACGACAGCUAUAGAUAUUGUGUAAUAGCAGACGCACCCCCAUCUCCACGGGUGACAUUAUAACGGAGACAUACACUUUGACGGAGUACUCUUCAACCCAGAUAAGUGGAUCUUUAGCCACAAUCACAGGCAUACCAACGACGAUCUCGCCGGCCACCGGGGGCCCGGUAAGCACCAGUCCCACGGCUACGAGAGUCACCAUCACUUCUUCUUCGUCUUCUUCCAUGCCAGUACCAUCGCCAACCCAAGCCGGAAGUAUCUCUCGCAACUGCAACCGUUACGAACAAAUCGUGACUGCCUUAGAUCUCUGGUAUCUUUGAAUUUUCCCGCCCGCAUAACAUCUAGCGCUUAUAGAUACUGGUUCUACUAUUAAAUUGACGUUGCCAUGUGUGCAUUUAGACACCUCCGCGGAAUUCAGUUCUUCCAGCUAGUGCUUAUAAGCGGGGCGCCACUAUCAGUUC